CUUCUGUGAAGAGAGUCACGAAACAGCCACUCGCCACUGAGGCGAAGAUGUUCCUUACUCCGCCCGCCGCCGCUAACCGCAACGUAGACCAUCUCCUUCGCCAAGUCAUUGCCGCAAUGAUCCAACGCCGCCCCUUCAUCCCUUCCUUCCAUCCCUCGCCCUCCUUCUCCGGCUGGACCUCCGACCUCAUCUGCACCAUCCUCGCCUCUAUUCCCCGCUUCUUCUUUCUCUCCCCCCGCUCCAUCGGCCGCCAACAACUCUCCUCCCGCCACCGCUCCCCUCUUCGCCAACGCUUCCUCCGCCGCGAAGCCCGACCCUUUCGUCCUUCCGCCCACCGCGACCAUUCCGUCGUCCUCCUCGGCGUCUAUAAAGCCCUCGAGUUCUACUCCUGGGUCCAGUUCUCCCACGACGAGUCGACCUGCCACGAAAUGGCUCGCCUUCUCGCCAAAUCUAAUAUCCUCCCCCCUCUGUGGCGCUUCCUUCGCUCGAACGAACAUCUCGUCAACAUCGCUACCGUCACGACGGUGAUCAAAAUACUUGGCGAGCAGGGCCUCGCCAAGGAGGCGCUCGCUGCUUUCUAUCGAAUGAAGCAGCUGCACUGCAAGCCAGAUGUCCAAUGCUACAACACUGUCAUAGCAGCUCUUUGCCGCGUGGGAGAUUUCAAAACUGCUCGGUCUUUGCUUGAGCAGAUGGAGCUCCCUGGUGCUCGGUGCCCAACGGACACUUACACUUACACUAUAUUGAUUUCGUUCUAUUGUAAGAGGAGCAUGCAGACUGGGUGCCGGAAAGCGAUCAGGAGGAGGAUAUGGGAGGCUAAUCAUAUGUUUCGGAGGAUGCUGUUCAAGGGGUUUGUCCCUGAUAUUGUGACCUACAACUGUUUGAUUGAUGGCCUCUGUAAAACGUACCGGAUUGGAAGAGCACACGAGCUGUUCAAUGAUAUGCUUAUGAAGGGUUGUAUUCCGAAUCGGGUGACGUACAAUUCAUUCAUUCGGUACUAUAGUGUUGUUAAUGAGGUGGAUAAGGCGAUUGAGAUGAUGAAGGAAAUGGUUGACAGGAAGCAUGGAAUGCCCAGUUCAAGUUCCUACACGCCAGUCAUCCAUGCUCUGUGUGAGAACGGAAGGGUUAACGAAGCAAGGGAGUUUUUGUUGGAGAUGGUUAAUGGCGGUCAUGUUCCAAGAGAGUUUACAUAUAAGUUGGUUUGCGAUGCAUUAAGCAGAUCAGGGGAAGAAGGCUUGCCUGAAGAGGUUCUCAGAAGAGUUGAAGAAGGAAUAGAUGUGAGAUUCAGGCAAGUUUUGCGGGUGAAACCUCUGAUGCAAGUUAGUGGAGUCAGGAGCAAGAGCUUAUUGGAAGCAUAAAGAUGAUGCUAACCCUAAGGCUAAUGAAUUCCAGAUCAUAUUUACCAACCAUAUUUCGGGCCCCUCUCUACUGCCACAUGUAGAUAACAAGGAGAGAAGCCGGGCGACCCUGUCUAAUCCCUCAAAUAG